AUCAUACAGAGCCCCAACUUUGCCUCAGAACUCUCGAGGUUCGCGCCCGAUCAACAGCCAUCGAGACAGCACCUACAGUCACGUUGUAGCCAUGGAAUCAAACUACGUCAACGUGCUCAUCACGAGCUUCAAUGGGUUGGGCUUACCCAAGACACUUUGCAUGCCCCUACCAUCGUCAACAACUGUUCAAGAUCUAUGGAAUGAACUGGGCAGCCGCUUACCAGCACGACUCGACGAAGAUACCUUCCACUCGCUGGUGCUCACCACGAAUUCUAAUGUCGAACUUCCACAGCGCUCAUCAUGCGCUCUCAACAGGUUCACGUCCUCCUCCUCCGAGGACAUCCUUUCGCUGCGUCUUACUCAUCCUCUUUGUGGUGGCAAGGGUGGUUUCGGCUCGCAACUCCGAGCUGCAGGUGGUCGCAUGUCCUCGAAGCGCAAGAAGAACCGUGGCGACGAGAAUGCAUCAAGCCGAAAUCUGGACGGGCGGCGACUGCGCACUGUCACCGAGGCGAAAGCACUGGCCGAGUAUCUCGCCAUCAAGCCGGAGAUGGAACAAAAGGAAAAGGAGCAGAGGCGAGAGCGGUGGACGGCCAUCGUGGAGGCCGCCGAUCGCCGAGAGGAGGAAAUCCGAAAUGUGAAUCGGGGGCGCAUGGAUGGCAAGUGGGUGGAGGAUAAGGAGGAGGCGGUAGAGAGGACGCGGAGUGCGGUCCUCGCCGCGAUGAAAGAGGGAAAUGUGAGGGAUAACUUGAUGGGAAGUUCCGUUGGCUCGUCCACGUCUUCGAUGGAGGCUGCUGCUAUUGAUGAGGAUUUUGCCGAGGAUGAGAAGAAUGGCGGAGGACGGAGCUCCGGGGCCACAACACCUCAGUCUGAUGAAGGCAAGGGCAACGUGCCUGCUGUAUCGACAACCAAGGCACGGACCUUCUUUGGCUUUGAGGAAGACGACGAGUUCUUGAGCUCUGACGAGGAAGAGGAUGAGGAGGGUCAGAAGAAAUGAGCCAAAGGUGUGGGCAGUACGUUUCGUUGAGAAUGCUGUGCCUAUCACGGACCAGUGGUGUGCCGUAUUGGUCUCGAAAUAUGGCGUUUGGUUUGGCGUUGGGGUAUAGCAUAUCGAAAUUGGCAAGCAGGAACAAGGCAGCGUUUUUCGUUAUAGCUGAUCAUUGAGGAGUUCAAUUUCAUGAUACCAGAG